UUCCUGCACACGGCGGGAUGCCGAAUGUAGAACGCGGGGAGUUUGACUGGUCGACAGGACACGAAAGUACUUUGUAUAAUCCAUUUAUCGAACACAUGACCCCCUACCUCAAGGACGGCUGGGUUCUUGUCAACACAUCUAAUCACGCAGACGCGGACUCUCGCAAUAUUUUUGGGCCCCACGAAGUGAAACCCGAUAUCUCUCUCUACAGCCCCGAUGCUAUGCACGAUCCAGGUCGUCCUUGCCAGGCAGCGAAAAUGGAAUCUUUCGGCGAAUUCAAAGUGGACCCAAAAGAUGAGCCUUUCUCCAAAGCUCCAGGAUCAGAACAGAUCGAGCACGACUCAGCUCAAGCGCGGCUCGCACGCGGUCAACUCACGGUGUAUCACAAUGCCAUACAAGCCACUCAGCAGCGCACUCGCGUUUUCGCAUUCUACAUCCGCAGAGGAUUCUGUCGGCUGCUUUGCCACUCGCGCAGUGGUACCCAAGUUACGCCUUUAUUCGACUGGACGAUGUCCGACGACCUUUACACUUUCUUUUGGCGCCUCAGCCAUGCUGAUCGCGCCCUUCGCGGAUUCGAUACCACCUUCGAGCUUGUGUCAGACUCGGACGUCGAGGCUCCUCGUGCACGCAAGUUUCUCGGACUUCAGAACAACGUCCCUCUCUUCAAGGUCCGCGUCACCGACAGCGACUACUACUACGUCUCCCAGCCCUUUACUCGCACUCAUACAUACCCCGUCGGCCGCGGUACGCGCUGCUUCGUCGCAUACGAUCCCGUCAACAAACGUCGUGUCAUAUUGAAGGAUACUUGGCGCCACGGAGAGUACCUUCCUGAGCACGAGGUCUACAAAGUGCUUCGAGAGAGGGAAGUUCCAAAUAUCCUCGAUGUCGUCGCUUCGGGAGAUGUUGGAGGUCAUUUUCAGUGUUGUGGAGAGACUGAGACGCUCCGCACGCUUGUACACUAUCGACUUGUUUUGAAUGAGGUUGGGAAAGCCCUGGUCGACUUUGGAUCGACUCAUGAGUACGUGACCGCGGUCCGGGACGCGUUGAUAUCACAUCAUACAGCGUUUAAGAAGGGCGUACUCCACCGCGACAUCUCGUCUGGCAACAUUAUCAUCGUCAACGGAGAAGGUCGUCUCAUCGAUUGGGAGUUCGCGAAGAUAGAUGAUUCACCGCAACGAGCUAAUGAGCGCACGGGUACAUUGCAGUUCCUGUCGCUUGCCCUUCUCAAGGAUCUCAGCAAAGCUCAUCACGUCACUGACGAUAUUGAAUCCUUCCUAUGGGUUCUAUUGUGGGUGGCAAUCCGUCAUGCGAGCAACUCCAUUACACCCGAAGAGCGUAAAGACUGCCUGGCGCGGUUCGACGCCCCUUCAUAUCAAUGGCGACACAAACAGAACUUGAUCCAAGGCGGUAGAGUCGCGAUUGAAACUAAGGCUGCUGGAAUUCGGCUCGCCUCUGAACCAUUAAGAAGUUGUCUAGGAACAUUAGUAGAUGAGCUUCAUCACGCGGUCGUAAUGGAAGAGGAUGGUGCGGUAGACCACUGGUCAACACACGAUUGGGUACUGGGUGUUUUGGGCGAGGCUUUGAAAAAUGAGGAGUGGAAGAGGGCUAUCGACCCUAAGAUGGAUCAUGAGGUGGCAGCGGACCCUAACGACAAACCCUACACACAGAAGAGCUUAAGCGAGUUGCGUUCCAGCGAGAUUAAGAGUACAAAAAGACGUAGGGGAGGCGAAAUGGUCAAGGAGGAUGAGCUGGGCCCGAGCGACGAAGGGAAUGAGGAUGUCGGAGAGGGUGAAGAUAUCAAGUCAUGUAAGAAGAUGAAGGUUAUGAAGCAUGCGGUUCAGUAGAAGGUCAGACUGCUGUGACAGUCCGUUCGUCGACGGAGGGAAGGAAAUUAUAUGUUGUCUUGAUACUGC